AUGGAAACAGCGGUACAUCCGUUUCAAACACAGAAAAUGAUAAUAUUAGGAGACUUCAAUGCUAGAUCAAAACUAUGGGAUGUGAGGAACUUUAAUGUAAAGGGAGAAAUGGUCAUAGAUCUUGCAAAUGCGUUAAACGUUAGAUUAAUUAACAAGAGAUACGUUUCAACCUGUGUAAGGACCCAAGGAGAAUCAACGGUGGAUCUCACAUGGGCAACACCGGUUACUGGAAUAAAUGAAAACAAUGGGAAGAUAAGAGAGGACAUCAUUAUGCUGUCAGAUCACAGGCUAAUAGAAAUAAGUAACGAGGAAGAGAUGGCAAAGAAACUAGGAAACAUAUACAAAUUGGCAUCGGAUAUGGCUAUGCCAAGAAAACGAAUAGGUACGAAGCGAUCCAUCUAUUGGUGGAACGAUAAUCUAAAGGAGAUGCGGAAAGAGUGCAUGAAAAUAAGAAGAAAAAUUACAAGAGCAAAGAGAAAAAAUAAUCCAGUGAUAACAGAAAACCUAAAAAGGGAGUACAGGCAAAUACAACACGAUUUUAAAGCAGAAAUCAUGGUGAUGAACAAGCUAAGGCCAGCAACUAUUCCACUAAUGGAAUCCAUGGAUAGGAAUUUUGUCAUAAAAAUAGUGAACGAACUGUUUCCAGCCGGACGGCGGAGGGAACCGACGCAAGUGGAGACGGACUGGAAUGAAAUAUGGAAUAUAUCAAACCAGGAGAUACAAGAGGUAAUAAAGAGGAUGGGCACUAAAAAUAAAGCCCCAGGACCGGAUGGAUUAUGGAAAGGAGUAAUCCGUAAAUCAACGGAUGUAAUGGAAACAAGAUGGAGAGAUUGCUUCCAAAAGAGUCUGGAAACAGGAAAAUUCCCGAAGAUAUGGAAAACGGCGAAACUGGUAUUACUUAAGAAACCAGGGAAGCCAGAUGAGGUAGUCAAUUCACACAGGCCAAUAUAUUUACUGAACGAAGGAGGGAAACUGUUUGAAAGGUUGCUAGCCAAGAGGAUAAAUGAAUUCCUGGAAGUUAAUUCAGGUCUAUCGGAUAACCAAUAUGGGUUCCGUGCCAAGAGGUCAACGAUAGAUGCAGUAAGUAAACUACGAGAAAUUGCGGAACAAGCCACAAAUGCAGGAAAGACAGUUGUCGCUGUCAGUAUUGAUAUUAAAAAUGCGUUUAACUCAAUCCCUUGGGAACAGGUGAUGACAGCGAUGGGAAGCAAAAACGUAUCCACAUAUUUAAGGAACGUAAUUUCGGAUUACUUAAGUAGUAGAUGGAUUGUCUUUACGGACGAGGAUCAGAAACUAGCUAAAAUGCCGUUCGAUGCGAUACUGGAGGAAGAACUACCAGACAAAUGUUUCGUCCUCUGCUAUGCAGAUGAUACCCUGGUAGUUGUAAACAGAGAUAACAUAGCGGAGGCGACAUCCAGUGCAGAAUUGGCGAUGGCAAACAUAGCAAAUGCCAUUGAAAGGUUAGGGCUGACUAUAGCGACCAACAAGACGGAGGCUGUGGUGUUUGUACAAAAGAAGAUACCACGCCCCCUACCAGCGAUGGACGUAAGAGGAAAAUUGGUGCAAAUAGCCACGAGAAUCAAAUACCUGGGACUCCAUAUAGACAGUAAAUGGACAUUCGCCAACCAUUUCCAACAAAUAACAGGCAGAAUUAACGCGGUGGCAAACGCGUUACAUAAACUCAUGCCAAAUCUAAGGGGCCCAGCGGAGAAAAACUAUUUGCCUGGGACAGUGGCAUACGAGGCGGUAAUCAUAUUAGCCAGAUUUAUCCCGAUAGAAAUACUAGCGGACAAAUACCGUAACCUAUACCUAAGAAAAAAGGAUCUCAGGAAAAGAGGGGUGGAACUCUUGAGAAGAGAAGUUGAAGUACUAAAAAAUCAAGCUAUCGAACAUGCAAUUGCGAAGUGGAAGGAAAGAAGCCAAAAAGCAAGAGGAUACGGAAUAAGGGUAAGAGAAGCGGUGCUGCCACAUUUCGAGGAAUGGAUCGCAAGAGGACACGGAAGAUUGGACUUCCACACGACACAGAUGAUUACGGGUCAUGGAUGUUUUGCGUACUACUUGAAGAAAAUAAGGAAGAUAGAACCGGCAAACUGUUCGCAUUGUUCGUGCAACCUAGACAAUGCACACGCUGGAGGUAUGUCCAGCGUGGAGUAA